AAAUUGCUGAAGAUUUCAAGUCCUACAGAAACCGUUUCUCGACGCCUAACACGCCAUGGCCGAUACCACUUGAUAAAAUGUGGUACAGCUUUGACGUUGGACUAGUUCAUUUUAUUAGUUAUUCAACAGAGGUUUAUUUCACCUAUAACGAAAGAUACGUUUGUCAGCAGUUUGAUUGGUUAACACGUGAUUUGAGAACAGCUAAUCAAAAUAGAUAUAAAACACCAUGGAUAAUUGCGUUUGGACAUCGACCAAUGUACUGCUCAAAUAACGACGGUGAUGAUUGUACCGAUGCUUUUUUGAAGGGAUGGGUGAGAUCUGGACUUGAGUCAUUGUUUAAUGCCCAAGGUGUUGACCUUGUGAUCGAGGCACAUGAGCAUUCAUAUGAGAGACUGUAUCCUAUGUUUGACGGGAAGGUAGAGCGAUUUAAUUAUACCAAUCCUAGAGCUCCUGUCCACAUUAUUACUGGUGCAGCUGGUUCAACAGAAGGAAUAGAUGGCUGGGAAGAUUCGCUCAAACAUUGGUCGGCAUUCAGGUUCACUAGAAAGCCACAUCAACAGAAUAUCCAGUCAUUCAGCGUUCUUGAAAUCCAUAACACCAGUCAUUUACUAUUUAUACAAAAUGAUGCUUUGGAUAAUUCAACAAUGGACCAUUUUUGGCUUGUUCAAGAAAAUCACGGUCAGUUUGUAGAAAAUAUAAGUUGUCGCGGACCUUAUCCACACAACUCUUGUGUCUGUAACAUGCCUUUGAUGUGCAAUAUUGAAUUUUUUAUGAUACUUACUUUUGCUUUGCUUGUAAAUAUAACUUCCGGUGUUUUUUUUGUGUGUGUAUUUUUCAAACGUCGUUCUAAACAUCUACAUAAAAUUCAUGGUAUAUGCAACAACAGAUGUGUAAAAAGCAAGGGCAAUAGAAGAGUUAGCGAUUCGUCAUUUGAGGACAGUGAUACUGAGGAACUCCUUCUGGAAGACUUUGAUCUGUGAACAUAGUUCACAAGUUACAAACAGUGUUUAAAUGUAUCCGUCCAGUUGAUCGUACUUUUAGUACCUUUAGAUGGUUUCUUUCUUGUUCACAUAUACAUGUAUAUGCUUCUAAGUAACACUUUUAAACUAUCUUAGAAAUUGUAAUCCAUGUAGUCUUAUGACUUUUUUCUAACUUCGUGCGGGCGGAGUAUGGCAGUGUCUUCGCUGCUGAUACAAUAAGCAUGUUUUAAACUGGAAUAAAUACAGUAGUUUAAUAAGAAUAUUUGAUAUUCGGUCUUUUCAUGGACAAAACAGGUAUCUCAUAAGCACCUGUAUAAAAUGUUACAAAAAACGUUACAACACCUUGUGAUGUGAAUCUGUGCCAUUAGCAAAUAUUGUACAUUAUUUAUCGCUCUAAUAUAACAUGUAAUAUAUGUGCCUUUUAUGUUUAUGUUUUUAUAUCGUUUUAUAUUUUACAGUUUUAGUCGUGAUUUUUGACUGCUAAAAUGCAGUUUCCGUACAUAAAAAAAUAUGUUUUUAUGUCUUUAACUUGUGUUCAUAAUGGUAAACUCGAUUUAGACGGUGAUAUCGGCUUGGAAGGUAACUUGCAUUUACCAGUGCCGUCUAUGAUCAUGCUCAAUCAAACCAAGCCUGCAACAUUUUCAGUUUUGCCUUGUUGGGCCUUCUUUAGGGAUUCUGUUUUUCUCCAAUUUAGAAUUCCAAGCAUGGCUAGAAUUUUAUGAUUUAUGAUUUAUUGUAUGUUAACAUCUGCAUUAGAUUACAUUUAUCAUUGCAUUAUACA